AUUUCUGCUUCUUGCUGUGACAUCACCUUGACUCCCACGCUUGGAGAAAAGGGGUACCAGAAUUUCCGAUGGCUAGGGAAAGAUCAAGAGAGCGAUCGCGGGACAAUAAGCACAAGAGCUCCAAGCGGCGAUCGAGGAGCAGAAGCCGUUCCAGAGACCGCAAAAGUCGGAAGCACAGCAGCCGGGACCGCAGCAGGGACCGAAGCCCUGGCCGCCGGAGGGACAGGAAGAGCAGCUUCAGUGAUGCAGAGCAGGUGCAGCAGGCGCAAAUGGCGAUCCAGCAGCAGCAGCUCCAGCAACAGAUGAUGUCACAGCAGCUUCUCCUCCAGCAGCAGGCACUGAUGGGUGGUGCCGCCAGCGGCAAGAAGCAGCGCGAGGUGUAUGUGGGCAACCUGACCAUUGGAGCAGUCACGGAUGUGAUGCUGCGGGAGCUGUUCAAUGGUGCCCUGGCACACCUCAUGCCAGACCCACAGCUCAACCCUCCUGUCAUCAACGUGGGCAUGGACCCCUCAGGGCGCUUUGGCUUUGUGGAGAUGCGCACGGAGGAGCUGGCGACGAGCGGCAUGGCACUGGACAAGGUGGAGCUGUGCGGUCGCAACAUCAACGUCGGGCGGCCCAAGGGCUAUGUUGAGCCCCCACAGGGGCACGCGCCACCGGCGCAGCUUGCGUCUGCGCAGAUGUUUGCGGCCAGGCUGGGCACCGGGCCCACGCGCGUGGUGCUGCUGAAGAACAUGCUCAAGGCGCUGCAGCUGCUCGACGAGGCCGAACGCACAGAUGCAAGCCUGAUGGAGGACGUUAAGGAGGAGUGCGGCAAGUACGGCACGGUGGAAGGCAUCGCGGUGCCACGGCCGCCGCCGACGGUGGCCGCAGACGAGCCGAGCCGGGUGUAUGUCAAGUUUGGCACGCCGGAUGAGAGCAGCCGCGUCAAGGAGGCCUUCAACGGCCGCCAAUUUGACGGCAACUCAAUCACGGCCGCCUUUGCCAGCGAGGACGACUUUAACCAGGCGGCUGCCGGCAAGUGGACCGGGGCCGCUCCGCAGGCGCCGGCCGCCGGCUUCAUGGGAUCCCCGAUUGGAGGCCCAGCCCCGCUGCCGGCAGGCAUCAGCGGCAUUGCAGCGCUGAACCCGGCGACCGGGGGCAUGGUGAACCCCAACAUGGCGCCCGUGCUGGACCCGGCCACGGUGCCCUUCCAGGAGGGCUGGAUCAAGCUGCGCGGCAUCCCUUUCACCAUCACCAAGCCGGACAUCUGCUCCUUCUUCUCGACGUGCGGGCAGAUGAGCGAGGACAAGGUGAAGCUGGUGGUGGGCCCGGACGGGCGGCCGACCGGGGAGGCCUACGUGGAGAUCAGCGGCGCGGGCGCCAAGCUGCGCCUGGCGCUGGCCAAGGACCGCCAGAUCAUGCCGGGCUCCUCGCGCUACAUCGAGAUCUUCACCUCCACUCGCGAUGAAGUUGACCGCCGCGCCCUCACCGGCGUCAUGCUCGUGUAAUCAACCCCAGGGGGCGUGUGGCAUGUGCGGGGGGAGUGAACAGGAUUGCAUGGUGUGGCAUGAGACAGGGAGAAAGACAUACAAGCCAUACAGUGGACAUGAGCUGCUAGGAGACCAUAUAUCAUGCUGGGUAAGUAGCUAAUUUUCUGCCCGUGUAAGCUUCUGCUUUGGGCCACCAAUGGGCUUUUGCUUGAACAUGUGAUCAUCUUUCUGGCAUCUGGGGCUUUGUCAUGAUAUGUGAAUUUUGCAGUACUUGUCCCGAAUCUUCAAGUGCCAUGCUGUGCGCCAGACAGAUUCACUUUCAAAGUGUGAUGCUGUGAGGAAAUGACAGUUUGCCGUUAUGAUGUCAUGUCUCACUGUGUCUGAUUUGCAGACCGAAGUGACUACCACCUUUUUGAAUGAUCGCGAUAAAUCACAAUGAGCCAUCUGUAAGCCACAGUGUGUCU